AUGUGGCGCAGCGGCGAGCUCUGCGAUGUUGUGCUCUCGGCCGAGAAUGAGAAGAUUCGAGCCCACCGCCUGAUUCUCGCGGGUGGCUCCUCGUACAUGCGCUCGUGCUUCAGCUCCGGCAUGCGCGACGGUGAGGCGGCCGUGCUGACUCUGCAAGGCGUCACGGCCUGCAGCCUUCGCUGUCUCCUCGACUUUCUCUACCUUGGAGAGUGCGAGGCGACGCCGUCCUCGAUAGUGCCGCUGAUGCACGCCGCCUCGCUAAUGGAAGUGCGCCCGCUGCUCCAGCUCGCGGCCGACUUCCUGGGCAAGGACGGCCUGCUUCCCGAGUCGUACCUCAACAUCAUCGAGCUGUGUGACACGCUCGACCGCCCAGAGACUGCGGGCCUGCGCGCCGCGUGCCUCGCGUUUGUGAGCGAGCACCUGGAGGCGCUCGCGGCUGAGGAGCAGUGGCGCCGUCUGCCAAGGCCGUGGCUGCGCGCCCUCCUCGAGAGCGAGGCGAUCACGCUCCCCGAGCUCUGCGUCUUUCAGAGCGCAAUCGCAUGGCUGGAGGCGCAGCCGCAGCCGCAGCGCGACGGAGAGGCGUGCGCCGAGCUGCUCGGCAUCGUGCGGUACGCGACAAUCCCCGCCGACACACUCGUCGACGCCGUCGAGCCGCGCAUCGAGAGCCUCGGCCACGCCGGCCUCGCGCAGCGCCUGCUGCACGCCGCCUUUCGCUUCAGCUCCCUCUCGCCUGCAAGACAGAUGGGCGAGGAGCGCUCCGCCGAGUUCUGCCGCCGCGAAGGCCAGGUCGGCGACCUCGCAUGGCGGCUUCUGAAUACACCUUCCGACGACGAAGCGUCCGUUCUCGACGGAAAUGUGCUGACUGUGGCCGCAGACUCCGAUGAGCAAGGUGUCUCCUUACACCAGGUGAGCAGCGCAUGCGUCACGCUGCGAUCGGAGCUCACGUGGUCCGUGCUCUUGGCGGUGAAGGAAGGCUGUCCCGCGCUUGAUUGCCACGACAUGCUCUUCGUGAGCUUUGGAACGGGCGAGCCGGUUGCGGGAUGGAUCAACCACCGCAGUCUUGCGGCGUGUGAGGAGGCAUGGGCUUCUGUGGACGGCUACGAGGACCACGGCUCGGGCGCAAACCGGGACCGCAGCUUCGAGGUCACACUCUACGCGCGCCUGACGCGGAUCUCUGGAAGCGAGGCUGCCGCUGAAGUCUGGCUUGAGGACCAGGCCGGCCAAAAGCACGAGGUCUCGGACAGCAUCUUGGACUCUAAAUUCCCGGCAGGGGCUCCUUGCCGCCUCGUGCUUGGACUGACCUACGGUCCUGCGGAGGCGGUGUUGCUGGAUGUCAAGGCCCGCUGA